CAGCAUGAGCGCCCGAGAAAAGUCCCAUUCCAGCCCAGCUAGGAUGAUUUUGAGUUGAUUGCUGAAUGUGUAAGGAUAGCUUCAAGAAGCAGGAUGAGCUGCUAGCAGGCGCAUCCGAGAUUAAAAGAGGAUUAUUUUGCAUUUUCCAGCUCCUUCAAACUUCAGGGAGAAAAAGAAAACGCAAUCGCACCCAAAGUGCGCAGCUUCAACGGAAGGGAUAACGCAGCAGCGGCGAAUCUGACAAGAGGAACUUGAACGGAGCAACUGGAUUUUUGAAGUGCAAGCUGCAGUCACUCGAAGUAACGUUUUUUUUCCAAAGGAAAAGGCAAGAUUGUGUUCCUGAAGCAAAGCACGAUGGUGCACUGCGCAGGUUGUGAGAGGCCUAUUUUAGACAGGUUCCUCCUAAACGUGCUGGACAGAGCGUGGCACAUCAAGUGCGUCCAAUGUUGUGAAUGCAAGUGCAACUUGACUGAAAAAUGCUUUUCAAGAGAAGGGAAGCUUUACUGUAAAAAUGAUUUCUUCAGGCGGUUCGGUACGAAAUGUGCGGGAUGUUGUCAAGGCAUCUCACCCAGUGACCUCGUAAGAAAAGCAAGAAAUAAAGUGUUUCACUUAAACUGCUUCACUUGUAUGGUUUGUAAUAAACAACUGUCAACUGGAGAGGAACUGUAUAUAAUCGAUGAAAACAAAUUCGUGUGCAAGGAAGACUAUUUGAACACCUGCAGUUUAAAAGAUACCAACUUAAAUUCAGUCUCUUCGUGCACCGAUCGGAGUUUAUCGCCUGAUAUCCAGGAUCAGAAUUUAGACGAUACAAAGGAGACGGACAACUCGACCUCAUCAGACAAAGAGACCCAGAACAACGAGAACGAAGAGCAGAGUAUGGGCACCAAGCGGAGAGGACCCCGGACCACGAUUAAAGCCAAGCAGUUAGAAACGUUAAAGGCCGCUUUCGCCGCUACCCCGAAGCCCACCCGACAUAUACGGGAGCAGCUGGCUCAGGAAACAGGCCUCAACAUGCGGGUUAUUCAGGUCUGGUUUCAGAACAGGAGGUCCAAGGAGAGAAGGAUGAAGCAGUUGAGUGCUCUGGGAGCACGGCGGCACGCUUUCUUCCGAAGUCCCAGGCGCAUGCGUCCUCUGGGAGGGCGCCUGGACGAAUCGGAAAUGAUGGGCUCUGCUCCCUACAAUUAUUAUGGAGAUUACCAAGGAGACUAUUACGGCCCAACUGCAAAUUAUGACUUUUUCCCGCAUGGCCCACCGUCCUCUCAAGCACACUCGCCGGCAGAUUCAGGAUAUAUGCAGUCCUCAGGGCCUGGGGCGACCUCACUCGGAGUUCUGGAACCUCCGCUAUCCGCCCACCACCCUCCUGCUCUCGGUGGCAGCGAAAACCAAAGGUACACGGACAUGAUUUCCCACCCUGACACCCCAAGCCCUGAGCCCGGGAUGACUGGGCCGUUGCACCCGAUCCCGGGCGAAGUGUUCAGCGGAGGACCCAGCCCGCCCUUCUCCAUGUCCAGCAACAGCGGCUACAGCGGGCCGCUCUCACAUCCGAGUCAGGAGCUGAAUGAGACUGCGGUCUGGUGAGGAACUCGAGGCGGCUCAACCAAACAGCAAUGAGCGCUGCGGCUCUGGCUUGCAGCUUCCUGCACUUGCGGCUCUCUCCAAACGCUUUCUCACAACCACGGGGGCAGUAAAAGCUGGGGACAUCUCCUCUCCCCUCUCUUCUUCCCCUCCUCUCCCCGGUUCCCAUUUCCUCCGCUCCUUCACUCGUGUCUCUGUCCCUAGCCCUGUCGUCCCUCUCUUUCCAAUUUUCUCUCACCCUUCUGAUCCAUCCUCUCCCUCUUCCUCUCUGUCUACUUUUAUCCCACUCCCCCUUCCCUGUUACCAACCCACUCGUCUCCCUAAAUGCUGUUCUUCUCUAAACCCGCUACCUUCUCUCAUCCCUUCCUUCCCUCCCUCCCUCCCUCAAGCCUUCCCUUCUCCCUCCUCUCACUCUUAACCACUAUGUCUCUUCCCCCUUCUGUACCCUUUUUCUUUGUUCACUUCCCCUUCACUCCGUCUCAUCCGCCCCAACUUCUCACCCCUUCCUCUCCCCUUUUUAUCUCUCCCUCUUCCUGCUCCAUCCCAUCCACCUUCCUCCUACCCCUCUACUCGAGCUCCCCUCUUUCUCCUACCCUUCCCCACACCUUUCUUUCUCCCUUCCCGCCCCAUACCUCUCUAUCCCCUACUGUUCUCCUCAGUCGCCUCUCUCCCCUACCCUACCUCACUAGUCAUCUCAUCCUUUUCUCUCUCUCAGCCCCUCCCAUACCCACAUGCAAACCCAAGUGACUUCAAAAGCAGGGGAGGAAGUGAGCACCGCGCAUGUAUGUGUUGCAGCCAAGAUGGCGGCAUAUCCGGCAUGGGCAGGGUCCCUUGGGAGAGGUGCUGUUGGGAAAGUCUGAGCUGCCACAUUGCACCGGCCCAUAGUGAGAGUGGGAAGAAGGCACUGGAUAUGAGUAGAGUUCCUGAUUCUAUUGUUAAUGUGAAUAAACAAUUGUUUUAGUUUCCUCCCACCAUCAUCCGACAAUCCAUGUUUCCAUAGAAACUCUGGCAUCGAUGAUGACAAUCACUUUUAGUGCUUUGGGUAGUUAGUUCCCAUCUCACCCUCUCGGAGAGCCCUACGUGACACCUUUUUAAAUUUCUUUAACUGUAAAA